UCGAAUUAGUAGCAGACUAGCGUACAACGGCUCUGACUCACGAUUUACAAGUGAUAAAACGUAGUGAACUGGUUCUCGUCGGUCGAUCCGCGGCUGGCUUGUCUAAAAAAUUAACACACAAUAAAAAAUCUUGAUUUUGUUCACCUCGUUUAAUGUCAUCGAUUCAAACCUCUCGGUCUUUGGCCUUUAUCGCCGGAAAAACAUCGCUAAUUGACUUUAGUCUGAUUCAGUCCGCCAAGUUCCGUAGAGCAGAAUAAGAGAAAUUAAGCACCUGGUUAGUAUAAUAUGCUCCAAAUUAAAAAAAAAACAACAAUAAUUGAAGUGGAACCAAUUCAUCAAAACAGAUGAACGCAAAACUGUCUGAGCAUUGAUUUUGGUUGUUUAAAAACCAUACUUUCGCUAUCUCCGUGCAAGCGGAACGAAAACGAGCUGAGAGUCGGAGCGAGAAACGAGGGUAUAGGAAUUAUUUAUGCGUCAUCCGCUUGUUGUUUGGCGUCGUAAAAUCCGAUUUGCGCAAACCGAACGAUAACGCAUCGCCGUAUAAAGUAUGCGAAACGCACGGGCGGAUAGAAACGACGUUAAUUACGGUAGGUAAUGAAUCGGCUCGGAUGUGCGACGCGUGCAGUUCGGAUUUAAUUGAAUCUGGAAUUGCACCUGAGUUAGCUGACUGUUCUCUCAUUCGAAAUCGAGGGAAUCACGGGUUUGAAUCAGGCUGAACAAUGAGGGGCCCGACGAGUGUCUUCAUCCUGAUCCUCUUCGCGGCAAUUCUCCAGACCCAGCAGGCGGAGGCUAACGUGAGGAAGGAGUGUCGCAGGGCGAGCGGCGUCUCCUGGGCUUCCCUGAAGCGGUUGAAGAAAGGCAACUUUGAGGAAAUCGACCCGAAAUUGAAAUGCUACCUGAAAUGUUUCAUGGUGAAGAACGGAAUUAUGAGCGAGGACAACGAGAUAGAGAUUGAAAACACCAUGAGGCAUUUGCCGAGGAAGUUGCAGAGCGGAUCGCGCGAAAUACUCGAGAGAUGCAAAACUAUGCGUGGCGAGGAUUCGUGUGACACGGCUUUCCAGAUAGCCAAAUGCUACAUCACGGCACAUCCAGAGGUGAGAAAGAGACUUUCGACGCAGGGUGGUACGAGUAGAAAAAGUCUCGCGUUGGUCAGACGGGGAUAUUCAGCUUCAAACCGAGAGAUCGGCGUUCCGAACGGAUUCUCCAAGCUGUAACGCUUCGUGUAUUCGCUUGCAGGUAUUGCGGAGGGUCGCUUUGGUCUGAAGAACUCGCGAUUCGGCUGGAACGUUGUUUGAACAUUUGAAAAAACGAUACCCUUUGGUGCGAGAGGAGAUAAAUCUGUACGAUAUUUGCUUGACCAGCCGUUGAUUGCCAGUCCGAAUCGUUGAACCAGCAAAAACAUGAAUCCGAAUCUAAUCCAUCAUCCUUGAAACGAAACCCUCAAACCGUGGAGCAAAAGCAAGUGAAAUAAAUUUCAAACGGA